AUGGAUUUAAUUGAGCUUCCUUUAAAAAACACAUCGCCGCUUGAUAUUGAAGUAUGGAUUAAAGACCUAAGUGAAUACCCGACUGUAACGAAGGAAAACCUGCGAAAAGAGUUAGAAGAGUACCAAGAGUUAAGAAAAAAACUUUGUGUUGAUUUUCCUACUUUCCAAGAUGCGCAAUUAGCAAACGUGUACUACAGGAUGCUUGGCGCUCUUGAGGAAAAGCUUGCAGGAUCAGCUCCUACUAGCUUUACAUGGAACUUUUCCUAUUCUUCAAGUCAAUUAGAAGAAUAUAAUGAUAUUUGCUUUGAGAAAGCGAACUUCAUUUAUAGAAUGGCAAAUGUGUAUCAAACUCAAGCGAAGGCCUGUUUGCUAAAGCAAGAACCUAACUUUGCUCAAGCUCAUCAAUUUCUACAAUUUUGUGCUGGAUCCUUCAAUUUUAUAGGUAAGUACUGUCUUUACCUUGGAUCGUUGGAUUUUGAACAUUCUCUUAUUAAAGCUUGGGAGCAUUGCUUUCUGGCACAAGCCCAGUCUCUUGUGUAUCAUAAAGGACUACUGACAAAAAGUAUACGAGAUCUAACGCUUUCCAAGUUAGCAAAUGGGAUUGCGAAAAUGUACGAUGAUGCUCACCAUAGUUUUGAGAAUUCGACAGGAGCUCAAAGUUACUUCGUGCAUGUAACGUUUCUUGAAUCUUUAUACUACCGUGCAAGCUCUUAUUUUUAUCUUUCUAAAGAUGCUGUUAGCAAGUAUAUGUAUGGAAAGCAAGUAGCUUUUCUGGAACUUGCCGUGGUUUAUUGCAAGAAGGCCCUGGCAAAGAGGUUUGAGGUACCGACUUCAAUAAAAGUGUAUGAAAACUUAGAAAUCCUAUUAUCUGAUUUGCAAGAUCAGUUUCGACAAGCCAAGCGAGACAAUGAUUUCGUUCAUCUCGAGCAAGUUCCUUCUCUACAGGACAUCUCUAGUUGUGAAAUUGUGAUGAUGGUUCAGUCAGCAAUUCCGGAUUAUAUUAGCAGUCUCUCAAAUACAUUUAGAUAUUUUCCUUCUAUCGUUGAUAAUAAGGAUCAAAGGAGAUGGGAACAAUUUCGGGACAAAGCAAAGAUUAUACUAAAGGCUUAUGAAAAUGAUAUGCUAAAUUUAACUACAGAGGGAGAUGAUAUUGUGGACAAACUUAAAAAUCGCAUUGCUUACUAUUAUUGUAAUGAUGAUAAAUUCAUUAAAGAUUUAGGGGCCACCGAGAAGAAGUACGACAAAAUUAAGGAAUCGGGUGGACAAGAGCUUCUGAGAACGCGGAUUACAUCUUUAAUGACUUUAUCCAAGGAUGUAUCAAAUGUAUUUCACCAAUCUAAUGAUAUUCUAAAUAAUGAACAAGAGAAAAAUGAUUUCUACAAAUUGAAAUAUGGGACGGAUCGAUGGAAAAUAGUUUCGAGUGAAAUUGCAUCCAGAGAACUUAGGAAUGAACUGGAAUCUUUGAGAAUUAAUCUCAUUAACUUCGAAAAUCUAGCCAAUGAUACCAAGAAACUUUAUGAUAAGAUUAAUCCCAUUUACCUUACGACCGAACCGAAACUUUUGAUCACCAAUUUUUCAUCCACGACUGAGACGUUGAGUCCCCUUGAAAUAAAUUUUCUAUCGACAAUAAAUAAUCAAAUCCAAAGGUGGGAAAGCAUUAAAGAAACAAGGUCAUCAAUUGGCUUACAUGAAAUUGAAUCUCAAUACUUUUCUAAAAUGACUUCUUUGAUGACUUCUGAUCCAAAUAUUUUAAUAUCAGGAUUUAAGGAAGAACUCAGUAAAUUAUGGAAUACGAACGAACAGAAACAAUCACAAACAAGGCUAUUUGACUCGAUUUCAGAAUCAAUUGACAAUUUGGCCCGUGCAUAUGAUGCAAGACAAAAGAAAAAAUCCGCGACGCAGAUAUUACUAGAUAUAAAUGAAAUGUAUGAGCUCUACUGGGAAGCUAUGAACAGAAGCGAAACCGGGGUUACUUUUGGAAAUCGGUUACUUGAUCUCUUUACCAAAAUUGAAUUAGAAUGUACUGGGUAUGCCAAUCAAAGGACGGAAGAGGCAGUAUCACUUAUAGAAAAAAUCUCUACUCCUACACAGAAACUCUUCAAUCCAAACAUACAUCAAAUUAGAUUCAAGAAAUGA